AUGUUCAGUGGCUCCUCGAGCCCACCCAAAGACAAGUCGAAUUCAGUUCCACAUUCCGGCGCUGUCGAUACACAAUCUCUAAGUGUACAUCCCGAGGAAGGCUCUGCAGCCCAAACCAGCAAGUCUCUGCUUUCCGGAGGUUUCUUUACGAGAAGGACUAGCGAGGACCAGGCCCCUGCCGGGGAGAAGAAGCGCCGGAGUAGCACAGUCACGAAAGCGGCGACGUUUUUCACCAACGCUAAGAAUUCACUGAGUUUGAGUAGUAGUCCUCGUGAAUCUUCGUCGUUUAAUUACACGGUUCGAUCUCCGCAAACGUUGCAGUCGCUUGGGAGCAUGGACCCGGCAUUGAGUGUCCCACAAGGGUCAUUGAACAACUCUGCUGGCGAUUCGCUACCAACUCCUCGCUCAUCGUUUAAAGUUGGUGUCACAGAAGAUCGGAAUCGAAAAUGUCGCCGGACUAUGGAAGAUACCCAUGCAUAUCUCUACAACUUUUUGGGGACCCCCGCACCAUUAGCCCGGGCUGAUGGCGAGAACGAGGCUGGUUCUUCCCUCGCACCCGAUGAAGCGUCUAGUGUUGUUGAAACCGACAAUGGGUAUUUUGCCAUCUUCGAUGGACAUGCCGGCACAUUCGCUGCUGAAUGGUGUGGGAAGAAAUUACAUCUGAUUCUAGAGGAUAUAAUGAAGAAGAAUCCUAAUACUCCCGUUCCCGAACUUCUCGACCAAACAUUUACUACUGUCGAUCAACAGUUAGAGAAGUUGCCUGUGAAGAACAGUGGGUGUACUGCUGUCAUUGCCCUUCUGCGAUGGGAAGACCGGAUCCCCAGUUCGCAUUCGGCAACUGGCUCUUCGGCACUCGCUCCCGCAGCAGCCGCAGCCGCAGCCGCAAAGGGCGAUUCCAAUUCAGAGGCCGAUGACACACCCACUCAAGCAACUAGUUCUGGUCCGUCAAUUCUGCCGAAACUACAAGAGAAAGCUAUACGGCAACGAGUCUUGUACACGGCCAAUGUGGGUGAUGCUCGUAUAAUUUUAUGUCGCAACGGCAAGGCGCUUCGGUUGUCCUACGAUCACAAAGGUAGUGACGAAAAUGAGGGCAAGAGAAUAGCUAACGCCGGGGGUUUGAUACUUAACAACAGAGUAAACGGCGUUCUUGCAGUGACUAGAGCCCUGGGUGAUGCUUAUCUCAAGGAUCUCGUUACCGGACACCCGUAUACCACGGAGACCGUGGUCCAACCGGACUCUGAUGAAUUUAUCAUAUUGGCCUGCGACGGGCUGUGGGAUGUCUGCACUGACCAGGAAGCUGUGGAUCUUGUUCGAAAUGUUCCAGACGCCCAGGAGGCAUCUAAGAUCCUGGUCGAUUAUGCUCUUGCUCGCUUUAGCACUGAUAACCUUUCGUGCAUGGUUAUCCGGCUUGAUACGAAUCGUGUCAAGGAGGUCAUCAACAAGACAGCUGAGCCAAUUGGUGUGGCUGGCGAUCCAUCUAUGGAUGUCGAGCAUGGCGUGAGCGAAGCAGACAAGAUCAUUGAGGGGGCAAGAAAGAGCAUGGCCAAUGCAGACAUUGCCGACGAUGGCGAAACGGCUGAGAAGGGCAAGAACGAUAUUCUGCAUAAAAUGGUCGAUGGCGAGCCCGGCCCAGAGAUGUCAUUGGACGAUUCUAAUGAUGCACCGACCGUCAGCCACCUAAACAAGACUAAUGCAAAUAACGGGAUUCCCUAA